AUAUUUUUCUGAAGGCAACAUUGUGUACUUUUAAAAACUAGCAUAUUUCAAUGAACACCUCACAUGUGAAUGAAUCUGGAAACAAUAACAUCACUAUAUAACAAAGAAAUUUACACAUCUUACUACUUCUCUAUCACUGAAACAGAUAAGAAGUCUUAUCUCUCGUAAAUAAAAGAUAGAAAAUCUUAUAUAAUUAAUAGUCAUAUAAAUGAAAUAGUAUUUCAUUUUCCUAAUAAACAUUGCAGAUCUAUAAUACAUUACAUAUAAUAUAAUAGUAAAUUAACAUAACAUGGAGGCAUUAAGAAAUUUAUCAAAACAAAAGAUAAUAUUAAAGACAAUCCUUGGUGUAUGUGCUGGAAUUGUACUAGGUAGCAUUCUUAAAAUUUACACACCUCAACCAUGGACACAGCGGAACAUUAUGUAUCUCAAGUUUCCAGGAGAACUAUUUAUGAGGCUUGUUAAUUGUUUAAUUUUGCCUCUUGUAAUGUCUAGCAUUGCGAGUGCUACUUGUAAUUUGAAGAAAUCAGGUAAAAUUGGACUAAUGGCAUUAUACUAUUACACAACAACGACAAUACUUGGAAUAACACUGAGUGUAGUACUUGCUGAAAUAAUAAAACCUGGGGAAGUACUCAGAAGUGAAAAUAUUAUAUCACAAAAUUCGACCAGAUAUUUCAUGACAGUAGAUACAAUUUUGGAUUUGUUUCGCAAUUUGAUACCAGAUAAUAUAAUGAACGCAUGCUUGAAUCAGUAUCAAACUGUAUUAGAAAUACCAGAAAAUAUCUCAAAACCACUAUCUGAAUGGCAAAUAAGCCAUAGAAAUGCACCAGGAACAAAUGUUUUAGGCUUAGUUUUUUUCAGUGUAAUGAUAGGUCUAGCAAUUGGAAACAUAAAUGAGAAAGGUGAACCAUUGAAAAACUUUUUUCAUUCUUUAUCAGAAACAAUGAUGAAGAUUAUGAAUUGGGCAAUAAUGAUAGUACCGCUAAGCAUUUUGUUUCUCAUCUCUGCAAAACUUCUGGAAGUGGAAGAUUUUCAAAGUAUAAUAAAACGUUUAGGAGUUUAUAUGUUCACUGUAUUCAGUGGUUUACUCAUACAAGGUUUUGUACUACUCCCCUUGGUAUAUUUUAUAUGCACACGUCAAUCUCCAUACAAAGUUAUAUAUAAACUUGGGCCAGCUUUUGCUACUGCAUUUGGAACAUCAUCCAGUACAGCUACAGUUCCUGUAACAAUCACAUGCUUAGAAAACAUUGGAAUACCUUCUAAAAUAACUAAAUUUAUUGUUCCAAUUGGUGCUACAAUAAACAUGGAUGGCAUAGCACUAUAUGAAAGUAUUGGUGCAAUUUUUAUAAUUCAGUUGCAUGGACUACAAUAUUCAUUAUUCAAAAUCAUAAUAAUUAACAUUAUGUGUACUGUAUCAUGUAUUGGUGCUGCCGGUUUACCCAGUGGUGGUUAUGUAAUGUUAAUAAUGGUACUGAAUUCUGUGGGUAUUCCAGCAGAAGAUGUUUCAUUAAUUAUUGCAAUUGAUUGGUUUGUAGAUCGCAUUAGAACUACCAUGAAUAUUAUAGCUGAUGCUUUAGGAGCUGGCAUAAUAAAUCAUUAUUAUAAUAAAAAUAAAGAAGAAUCUAUAUCAGAAGAACUCGAAUUAUGUACUUUUAAGUAAAACAAUUCUAUGUAACAUAUAAAAAUUGUAAUUAU